AUGGCGGACACCGAGCGUUUGCUGGGAAGUGAGGAUUGCCAUGCGGGUGAUGGCGUAGACCCGGCAGCUCCGACAGACAGGGCGCUUCGCAGCAGACAGGUUAGUUUUGGAGCCGCUUCGGCUGGACUUGGCGCCGCGGCAGUUGCAGCCUCCGCUGACAAUCCCGCGAGUUGGCUUGAUGCAGGUUUUUUUGUGGUCGGCAUGGCUUCUGAUAUAACAUUUAACACAUCCGUCCUUUCCGUGGAGUACUUGCGGACGCAGUUUGGUAGCAACGUCUUGGUGAUCAUCGGGCAGGCGCAGUUUUGGGGCUCGACUCUGGCAAUGCUUGCACUCUUUGCACUGGGGCUCCAAUUUCCAGCGUUGCUGGUGCAGAACAUUACUGGGCAAUCCAUGUAUUUGCUGGCUCUCAUGACCUACAUGGCGGGAGUGAACAUCUUGUUGCUGCUAUGUGCCGUUGGAACGUGGCGCUUGAGUAUUGGAUUGUUGCAGGUUUGCAUGUUUAUGAACGGGAUUGCUACCGGGGCUUCGCAAGGAUUGGGGGGAAGGCUUUCUGGUUUCAUGACGAAGUUUGGAUCUGUGCCAACCGCUGCUUCUGCACAGAUGAGCGGAGUUGGCUUUGGCAUAGCGUUUCCAACAGUUUUGCAGUUAUCGUUGAUGCCCUUCAAUGCCCCUGCGCCUGGUAUCGCUGUCGGGUCGUACUUCACCGCGUUAGUAGGCGUUGUUUGUGGAAUGGUGGGUCUCGUGUUGCUGUCGCGGACAAGUAGUUUCCGUCGUAUUGAUGAGGCCGCGCAUUUGGUAGAGGAGCCGUUCAGGAACAAUUAUAGAAAUUGGGCAACCAGAAGAUUACAUCAAGUUGCCCCGCAGUCUGCUGUUUUGGUCGCCAACUUCUCCACGGGUGUUUAUUUGGCUCUUCUCACGACUCGUCUCCCAGCGAAAGGAGCGCUUCCAUUGCCCGAUCAGCUUCCCACGCUACUUAUCGGUGUCACGAACGCUUGUGACUUUCUUGGUCGUUUUCUCACGCUCCUGUGUUUGCAGCAGGAGUCCGAGUCGAAAUUGAAACAUGCGUUGCGGAGGAUGCUUGUUGUACUGUGUGCUUUCGCGGUACGUUUUUGUAUUGCCAUUCUGUGCGUUGCGUAUGGCUUGAACAUGUGGUCUGCAGAUUCGAACGCUUUCAUCCUGUCUUUGUACGCUUGCGGGGCAGUACUCGGCGGCACGAUCACGGUUGCAACUACUCAGAGUGCGCAAACGGUAUGCAUGCGUACGUCUGGGCCAAGCAUGGAUCAGAUGAGUCCAUUGCCUUGCCCUCUAGCUGGGCAGAUCAUGUUUCUGGCGUGUAUAUUCGGCUGCCUGAUUGGCACCAUGCUUCCCUACCCCACGGCAUGA